AUGUCACUUGCGACUGAUGUGUGUUCUGGAGCUGAGGGUGUGGCGGAUCGCCGCCUGGCGCAGCUAGCUUCAUCAGCGGCCCCUUCCAGCCCCCCACCAACGACAACCCGGCCUAUUCAACCGGAUUCUGCUAUGGCUCGUUCUUUGGACUCUGCACCUUCGCCUGAGAGUGCUGCCUCUUCAGCUGGCGGCUUUCCCCCGACGCCGACCUCUUCUGUUGAUUCUUCUGGGCGAUGUGGCAUCGAUUCAGGAAUCGAUGCCGCCGCCCUUAGGUGGUUAGAUAGGGCACAUGGCGCGUCAGGGCCCCCUUCACGUGGGACCAGCCCGCGCGCGCCGAGGCAAAGGCAGGAUUCCACUUUCCUUCGUCCCUCGUCCGCCCUAGACCUGCCGGACAUUUCCGACGCUGUCAAUGUAUCCGAGCAUUCGGACUGCGACUCGCUCGACGGCUACAUGGACGACAGCGACAUCGCGGAGCGCCUGGAAGAACACCUCACCGCUCUCCGUGACGCUGCAGAGGAGGGAGAGCACCCGUUUGACCCCACUUUGGGAGCUCGGCGGUUCCUCACGCCACUGCCGCCGACAACGCCGACGACUCCAUGCAGGUCGAGCAGGAGUCCCGCAAGAGGAAGCGUGCUGCGGCCUCUUCCGAUUCCGACGCCACCCCCACCGCUGCUGCAUGGGGCAAGAAGUAGAAGGCAACAUCUGAUGCGGAGGGAUUCACCAUCCCCCGCAAGACAGCGCCCCGCCGCCACCUUACCGUGCCGCCGAAACUCCUGGUGCACAACCAGUUUGCGCCGAUUUCUGAUGGCGCGGCAGACACUCCUACCCCCCUCUCUCCCAGCCCUCCCACCCCAAACCACCGCCGCCCCCUCCCAUUCUGGUGGAGUAUUCAGAACCUUACACAAACCUCCGACAACUCCUCAACCACAUCACUGA